AGGGCAGCUAAAUAAACGGACUUCGCACGCGGUUUGAACAGCGACUGGCCGUCAGCAUCUACCUGUUCAGCAUGAAGAUAGGUAUUCACCCAUUGACAGCAGAUCCAACAGCAGCCUGGCACGAGCUAUCUCAGCAUCAAAAAGUCGUUAAAAUAAAUACUAAAUUGCCGACGACAGAAGCGCCGAGUGAUAAAUUACGCGUAGUAUGUAUGAGCGACACACACUCGCUAACACCGUAUAUAAAGUUCGACAUACCCGCCGGUGACAUUUUCAUCCACGCCGGGGAUUUCACGAAAUGUGGUAGUCUGCAGGAAGUUAUAGAAUUUAAUAAUUGGAUAGGUAAUUUACCACACAAACACAAGAUAGUUAUAGCUGGAAAUCAUGAGCUUAGUUUUGAUCCAACGUUUACAAAUCCGUUUUCCGUGCAUACUAGUGGAGAUCGUCAAAAACAUACAGGAACCAGCAUACUUGACAAUAUACCCACUCUGGGUAUGUCAAAAGAUACUCUUGCUGAAGCUAUUAAAACUACUAAUGUUAAAGAUUAUCUGACGAAUUGUACAUAUUUGGAAGACUCUGAAAUUACGUUACAUGGGAUCAAGAUAUAUGGUACUCCAUGGCAACCAGAGUUUUGUAAGUGGGCAUUUAAUGUGCCGCGUGGUGAAGCGUGUCUCUCGAAGUGGGAAAUGAUACCGUCAGACACCGAUAUCCUCGUAACCCACACCCCCCCUGUAGGUCACGGGGAUCUGUGCUGUAGCGGAGUACGUGCUGGAUGCGUUGAACUAUUGUCGACGGUACAAAAUCGAGUGAAACCCAAAUAUCACGUUUUCGGACAUAUACACGAAGGAUAUGGUAUAUCUUCGGAUGGCAAGAUAAUAUAUAUCAAUGCGUCAACGUGUGAUCUGAAUUAUCUGCCAAGCAAUCCACCAAUAGUAUUCGAUAUAACAUUACCUCCCGGUAUUCAGAAAUAAUCAACUGUCAACUGUGAAGUGAUAUCCGACGCUAUCAAUAUGUACUUCUAUGCAUAAUACUACGUCGUGAAAAUA